AUGGAUUACAGAUCGGCCAGAGGACGAUUUUCGUGGAUGAGCUACGUUAACUCUCGUAAGUACGCUAUACAGUCACAGAUUUGUAUGUUUUUUUUUCUUAUUUUAUUACAUGCAGCACAAGUGCACAACGCUGACAUUAUAAUUUGUGUGUUCGGUCCGUGGAUAACAUACCGUUCAGGGACUGAUAGUCGGUUGGAUUAUUCCCGAUUUUAUUCAAUGGCUCCAAUAAUUAUUUGCGCUUUGUGCUAUUUUACAUCAUUGAUUGUUACACUAUUCAUAAACCGAUUGUUCUGCGUAUUAUGCAAGUACAACGGGGAACAGGUAGCGAUUAUCGACUACAACGUCUAGUGCCUUGAUAGAGAUAGUGCGGUUAUACAGUGAUAAGAUAGGUAUUAGGCCACCAUUAGUUGGCUAAACAGACAUUUCACUGUAUACUAGUUAUAGUAUUGCAUGUUUUUUUUUUUUUUAUAGUUUGAAUUUCAAAUUGUUCUCAUUCCUUCUCAAAUAUUAAUUUUUUGAGCUUUAUGAUAUAGUAUUAAUAACAUUUUAUAGGUAUUCGUUAUUAUAUUCUAGGAAGUAUAGAAUAUUUAUUUUAAAAAGAACAGUUCCAAAUUACCUACCAAACUAUAUAAUUUUUAUAAAAAAUAUUCCAUAUUAAACUAUAUUAAACAAAGAAUGAUUAUUUAUAUUGGUAAUACAAUUUUAUUUUUUAACUAUAUGUAUUAUUUCAUACUUCAUAGUAGGUAGGUAAGCAAUUUAUUGUAAAUAUUAACAUUUUUAAUGAUCAACCAUAAUUGAUGAAAUAUGUAGCUACACAAAUAAAUUAUGAUUAAUAAAGCAUUAAAUGUUUACCAGUUUCUUAAAUUUAUAAACAAAUUUAUUACCAAAAAUAGACAAAAUAUGCUUGGAAAUAUAUAUUUGAGACUUAACAAAAGGUUUUAAAUUUUAUUUUUUAAAUCCACAGCAGCGGUAGCCUCUUGCUAUAAUACCUUAAAGUAAACUUAAUUAGUGAUUGGUUUUACAAUAUAUCGUUAAAAUUACAUAUAGAUUUAUAAUAAUGUCUUAAUUUAUUUUUAUGUAGUCUGAUUGUGAAUACAUGAAAUUGGUCAAUCCAUUUCCCUUAAAGUAUGUGUAGGAUUAGUUAUUUACUUACUAUGAAUUAAAAUUUAAAAUUGAAGAAUUCUAACUUCAUUGUAACGUUAGACUGUAUUUUACAAAACAUAAAUAUCAGGUCCCUUAAUAGGAAUACUGAAUUUACUUAGUAAGUAUUUACUAAACCAUUAAUAAACUAAACUAAUAUUUACUUAUGGUAUUAGAGUUCUUUGAUUGAUUGAUAGAUUUUUUUUUCCAGGCACUCUAAUAACAUCAUUCAGUUACUAUUGCACGUCUGUAAAUUAAAGUAAUACUUUAAAACCAAAUCAAUUUAUAUAAAUUGUACCUAAUAAUAAAUAAGCACAUUAAUUUUGUAAUAAAAUGCAAAAUAUGUAAAGUGAGAAGUUAGGAAUGUAGUAGAGGGUAAAAUUAAUGUGCAACGUUUAAUUAUUGCUAUCGAAAAUUGAUUCUGAACAGAGUUUGGUUAAAAGUGUUGUUUUGUCAACUAUACAUAUGUCUUAAUAUUGGAAAUUACAUUUUCAUUUUAUAUUUUCUUUAAUAAUAUUUGUUUCAUAAUGUACCUAUUUUCCUGUUUUCCCCAGUUUUUACCAUGUUUUGGACAGUUUUACCCUUUUUUUAUGAAAACAGCUGGAAAAAUUAAAAAAGUACCACCCCAGUCAGAGUUUCUUUGAGAAAAAGUAUUAUUGUAAAUCAGAGCAAAAUUGUUUAUAGAAAAUUUGUUCACGGAUAAAAAAAAACUGGCUUUGCUCAGAAUCUAAAAUGCAUAAGUAGAUUAAUAUGUUGCCUAAUAAAAUUACUGGUAGAAAAGUUAUUCACAGAAAAAAAAGACCGUAAUAUUUUACAGUCUAUUUUUAAGAUUUAUUAUUCUUUUAAUAGAAUAACCUUUACUUUAGCUAACCUACUAGGUAGAUUAUAAAUCUAAGAUGAAAAAUUAUAGCUAGUUCCUAUAAUUGAUUCCUCCCAUAGUACCUAUUUUUAAUUUUUUUUUUUUUUUUUUUUUAGAAAUUAUUUAUAAGAAUUACCUGCAAUCAUGGGCCAAUUAUAUAUUUUAAUGAUGAGUGUAAUAUUAUUUAUAAAGAUUUUAUAAAAAUAUGAGACGAAUAUGAUAUUGUUGGCUACCUAGUAAGUUAACACAUUUUGCGCCAAUGAGCCUACCUGUUCACCACCAAACCAAAGAAAAUGUAUUCACAAACCAAAAGAAUUUGGUAGCUAUUAAUACAGAUUUAAAUAGGCCAAAAUAUAAGAAUAUUUUAAAAAACCAUAAUACGUGGUGAAAAUUUUCUAGGUUGUAAACCAUGCCUACAACUAUUUUUCAUCAAAUAACAAAAGCAAGAUUGAAAUUAACAGGAAAACAUUAUUGUGUAAAAAAUUCUCCCAGUUUUCCUGUUUUCUGGGUUGUCCUCCAAAAAAAAUUGCCUAUUUUUUCCAUUGGUUAAAAUUUGUUUGUAAAGUAAAAGUAUAUUUGGUUUCUGAAUUAUCUACUUAUUUAAUAAAAAUAUGUUCAUUUUGAAAUAUUAUGAAUACAAUUUAAUCUAAAAUGCUGAAAAAUAAUUGUUUAACCCUAAUCUAGCCAUUGUUUUGUAUAAUAUAUGUAUGUACCUAUUCAUUGUUUUUAUUGUAAUUUUAGACAAUGACCAUGAUAAUAAAUGUUCGAGGCCUAGUACUAGUCGAGGAGAUGGCAAUUAUUCAGAUAAUUUUAAUACAUCAGUGGCAUUUAAAGCACGCAGAGGAGGUAGUCACUACUUUCGUAAAAAUUGGAGUAAUAAAACUAAUUUAGUGCGUAAUCAAAUUAAUUCUCAUCAAUUGGAAAAUUCAAACCAAACCGGACUUCUCAGAAAUGAUCUGAUCCAAGGGUAUAUUGUUUAUUGUUAUUAUUUUUGAUUUAGAAUUUAGUAUUUUUAACAUAUUGUAAUACUUUUUUUUUUUUAAGGAAUACUGGCCGAGGAGGUGAUAAUCAUGGUAAUUUAAAAUUCACAAUGUGGACAUUACAAGAAAGUAGCACAGGAUGGUAUUCAAUAUAUGUAAGUUUUAAUUUUUCUACCAACUAUAAUAGAUUUAAUAAUAUAAAUAUUUUUGAUUUUCAAGAUACCAAGAGUCAAUAAUGAUUAUGAUGAAAUUUUAAAUGUACUUCAAGCAUAUAUUUCACCUAUUACAUUUUAUCCAUACAAUGUAUGUUAUAUUUAUGUUAUUUUAUUAAAUUUGUAAAAUAUAAGUAGUUAUUAAAGUGCAUAUUCUAGAUCAAGAUGGGGUUCUUUACUAAAAAUGUUUACAAUAUUACUGAUGUUUGCAAAAAAAUUAUAUAAAAAAAAAAUGUUCAAUAGUUGUAUAUAUUAUACAGCAACUAUUCUGAGCAGAGUUUGAUUAAUAGUGUUGCUUUGUCAAAAAUACAUAUGUUUUAUUAUGGUAUGAUAAUUAAAUAUUCAUUGUAUAUAUAUUUUUUUUAAAAUAUUUUUUACUAAAACAAUUUAGUGAUCCAACCAAGAUUUUAAAAAUCUUUGCUACAGAACCCCAACUUGAUGUAAAACCCACAUUUUUCUAACUACUAAUAUCAUAAAAAUUAAUAAUUUUAACUUUACAGAAAAAAAUGUUUGGUAAUGCCUUAAGAUUUGUUAUUGAUGAUUAUAAAAUUGCUCAAGUAUUGCAGGAUACUAGUUACAAGAUAACACUUAAAAAUGGUCGAAAAGUAAGUUGUAAAUAUUUAGUAUUCACUAGUUUUAAAUUCUAAAGACAUGAUUGAUAAAUUACAUUGUUAGAGUAUGAUUAAAUAAAAUAUUGAAGUUUUAACAGUGAAAAUUUUCUCUAAAUGACCAUACAAUGAGCUAUUUUAAAAAAUUUCCCUUGAGCUAUUCUUGGGCUAAAUCCAGCCUUCUUUAUAUAUAUAUUUGUAUAUUGUAUUCAUGCCAAAUAAAUAAUAAUACUCAGUUGUAUAAUAAACAUAUUAUUUUAUUAAACAUACAUAAUAUAUAUAUAAAUUUAUUUUACUUCUCUGCUUUAUCCAUAGGCUGUAACAAAAACAAUAAAAUUAUAAUAAUUACACAUUUAUAGCCAGAAAUUAUAUCUAUAUAUUUGUAUAUUAUUUAUUUAGUAUCUAUGGGCUACGACAUUCAAAGAAACUUUUCAUUUCAAAUAGGAAUAAUACACUGUGUUAGUGUUGUCUGAUACCUAACACUAUAGUAAAGAUAAUAUAAUUUGAAUGAUUUCUGAUUAUUGAAAUUGUGAAUUGCUUUAAUUAAGAAAUACAUCUGGGAAAAGAACCUCAAAAAAAAAGUUAAAAUUUGUUUUAUGGUAUUUUUUUUUUAUAAUUCAGUUAAAAAUAUUUGUAGAGAUUUUAAAUUUGGACAGAAAAUUUAUAUUUGCCUUUUAUAGAUGUGAUUAAAUUUUUAACAAAUUUAAGCCAUUUUCUAGGUAUUUUAAUUUUCGUAUAGGCAUUUUAAUUUUGCAAGUUUUUGUAUAUAAUUAUUAUUCAGUAGAUACUGUGUAGUAAAAUUGUUAGACUAAACAGAAAUGUGUGAAAAUGUAGGAAGUUCAUUAAGAGUUUUACUUUGUGGUAAAAAAAAAAAUUAAUUUAAUGUAGUUUUUUUUAAAAAAGAAAUUUUAAUAUUAAUUUUGAUGAAAAUUGUUUUGAGUAAAAAAUUAUGUGAAACAAAUCUAAUUUUUGAAUUUGUUGUUAUGAACAUAAUAUGUAUAUUGCCGAUUUAAAAAAGAUGGUGAAGUCAGAAUUAAGCUGACUAAGUUCGAAAUUAUAGCUUUUUGAAGUUCUUAUAUUAUGUUAUGUUAAAUAACUGUAUUACCUUUUUUGAAGAAUAUUUAUCUGAUCCAAUGGUUAAACAUGUCUAUUUUUAUCCUAGGAGUCCCAGGUUCAAACAACUUUUUAUGCAUUUUUCCUCCUUUUUUAAAUUUAAUAAAUUUUGGUGGAAACCUAUUGACCCAAGUCAUCACUUACUUAGAUUAUUUUAAUUGUAAAAUACCCCUUGAAUCAGAAUCGUUUUUCGUUAGUAAUGGUUUAUUGUUGCUUAUAGAUAUACAUUAAACCUAUAACUGCACCUGUCUCCAUUAUCCUAUGAUGUCUUAUUUAAUUUUAGAUUCAUUUAUAAAAGUUAGGAAAAUGCUAUUAUUCACUAUUGAGUCUUUACUAUUAUAAUUAAAAUUUAUAUUUGUAAUUUUUCUAGAAAUAAUGUUAUCUUUGAUACUUUGUCUGACACCUAUAACAAUUCUAUUAAGUUCAUUAAAUUCAAUUAUAAAUAUUUGUGUUUAGUUAAUCAUUAAAGUGGGUUUAUAUGUGCCUUCACGGACUAUUACAAUAUUUACACCAGUAUCUAAUGAAAUUAGAGAAAAAAUGAUUGAGGCAAUGGCUACUCGUUAUAAUUCCAGUACCAAAAGUUUAGACUUGUCAAAAUUUUAUGCAUGUCCAUGUAUGUAAAUGUUAAUUAUAUAAAUUAAUACUAGUAUUAUAAUAAAAACAUCACUUGGAUAAUUAAGUAUAUUUUUUUAUAGUGUUUAUCGAAAAGCAACUUUUUGUACCAUUAAAUAGACCAGCAAUUCUUCUGGCAGCUCUCAACAUAGUUGCUGAACAUACUAAGUCUGAGUUGUUCGGCUUGAGUCUUGAAAACAAUCAUAUUUAUAUGAGUGAAGGGCUCGUAUGGAUAAGUAGACUAUUUCCAAAUCUAAAAGUUUUAGAUUUAUCUGGAAAUAAAGUAACAGAUUUUAAGUUUUAUUUAUUUCAAUAUUAUUAUAUAGAAACAUUGAUUAAAUAUAUUAUUAUUAUAUAUAUUUUUUAGUUUUCUGAUUUGAAUGAGCUGAAUUGCCUCCAGGGUUUUUCUAUUGAAGUGAUUAACCUGUCCAGAAAUCCAGUGAGUGAUAACAUUAAGGAUAAAGAAUGUUACAGACAGUAAGUAAUAUACUAUUAUUUAUAUUUUAAUGUUUAAUAUUAUUGAUUAUAUUUGUUACAGGAAUGUUCAACAACUAUUUCCCAUGCUAAAAAAGUUGGUAAGUGUUUUCUAUUUUUAUCUUGACAUAUUUAGAUCAUGAAUUAAUUAAGGAAUACCAAAAUUUAUAUUUUUGUAUGGCUAAAAUAAUAAUAUUUUGAUAAUUUUUAUUGUGUAUAUUAAAGUAAGUUGUCCAUGGUAUACCUUACCUAGUUUAAAAUUCAAAAAUAAUAUUAUUGAAUGAAAUAAACACAAAAAAAUAAAGUGUGGAAAUAACCAUUUUAUAUUGAAUAAUUAAGAAAAUAAAUAAAUAGACAUUUUUCAUUCAAAAGAAAAACUAUCAAUUUUUUUUACUACAUUUUAAAUGUAAUUGGUUGACAUUUACAGUGUGUUGUAAGUUACUAUUGUGCUUGAUACUGUUUCAAUUUUAUGAUUUCAGAUUUUUGGCAAAGUAUUGCUGUUUUAUUAUUUAUUAAUUUUUAUUUUUUCCAUUUAUCAAAAUAGUAUAUUGCAUGUUCAAUUCGCAACAUAUUUUAAUUGUGUAGUUUUUCAAGUCAAGAUAUUCUCUGAAAAUAUUGGUGUGUAUUAAUUUAAUGUUCCUUUUUACAUGAGAACAAAAAGAGGAAAAUGAAAACAUACAAAAUUUAGGUAUUUCCUUAAAUUAAUAAAUAAGUCAAUAAAUUUGUGUUCAUAAUUUUGAGAAGAAAAAAAAUAAGAUUUAAAUGAUAAUAUAAAAUUAAAAGUAUAGAUUGGAAGAUUAAUAAAAACCAAGGACAGAUAAAUUUAAUUUCUAAACAAAAAUUAUAUACCAUAAUAAAGUUAAUAAUAGACAUUUUAUUAUUUGGUUCUUUGAAAUUCUGUAUUUUAUUAAUUUAUUAACAUAGAUAUUUAGGAUGUAGGGCAAUGUAACAAUUGCGUAUUUUUUUUUUUAGGAUAACACUGAAUUACCUCUACGGUACAGUGUAGCUAUUGUUAAUGCAAAAUUGAAAAUGCCAGUUAACUUGGGAAACAAUUUUGCAGUACCAGCAGGUCAUAAUCCCGACCAACCAAAUCCAGUAAAAGAUUUAGUAAAAUCGUUCUUAGAACAAUACUAUGAACGUUAUGAUAACAAAUUGUCUAGACAAAUGAUUGCUGAAGCUUACCACAAAAAUGCAAUAUUUUCUUUGUCUUGUUUUCAGAAUUAUGGGUAUAUAUUUGAAUUGCACCUAAUCUGGAUAUUCUAUUUAAUCAUUUGUUUAUAUUUUAGUUCAAAUGGUAAUCUAUCAAAGUAUUUAUCAGAUUGUCGAAAUUUACUGAAACCUGACCAAAACAAAAAACGUGUAGUUCACAUAGGUAAAGAGAAUAUAAUCAAUUUUCUAGACAAUUUGCCAGAGACCAAGCAUGAUAUGGUCUCAUUUCUCGUUGAUGUACCAUUAGUUGAUGUGAGUGACAUUUUUUAUUUUUUAUUUAUUUUUUAUUUUUUAUUUAUGUACUGUUUUAAUUUUAUCCAAAGGCUAAAUUCAUUCAGAUUGUAGUGAAUGGUGUGUUUGCCGAAAACUUUAAAGAGACCCAACAAAGACCAUUAUUUCGAUCAUUUUGUAGGGCAUUUUGUAUAGUGCCUUUUGGAAGUGGAUGGAGUAUAUUGAAUGAUAUGUUAUUUGUAACAGAAGUUAACGAUGACCAAUACUAUGUAAGCCAUUUGAUUUUCAACUUUGUUGUUAUUAUUUAUGUUCUAAAUCAUGUUUUUUAAUUGCAGGAAUCAUCAAAACGUUUUAUUUUACCAAAAUCAAACUUGCCAAAUAGUAAUGCCCCCGACUGCAGCGACAACACAUCAAUGGUUAUGGAAGAUUCAGAAGAAAUGACCAGUAUAAAAUUGUCAUCAUCAUACCAACAGGACCUUACACCCAACUAUCCUCCACCACAAUAUCAGCAAACCUCAUUUUCAACUUACCCUUCUUCUUCAAUAGCAGAGAUUCCUGUUUUUACACAGCAACAGCAACCAUUUUACCAGGAAGGUUUGCAGAUGUCUUUAAUGCAAAAUCCACAACAAGCUUAUCAACAGAAUAAUCAGCUCGCAUCAUCAUCAACAGAACCUGUGUCUUUUCAAUCAAUUCCUCAACAAUUAAACAAUUCAUUUUACAUGGUAAACAACACAACAGCAACAACAUUUCCUGCAAGUUCAAUUCAAAUUCCUAUACUUACAAAUCAGCCAUCAACUGAAGUCUCUACAAAUUCAGACGAAAAACUAACUUUGAUCAAGAAUUUUUCAAAAGAAUCUGGCAUGAACAACAUAUGGGCUAAAAAGUAAGACAAAUUAUAUACCUAUACAAGGUAUAAUAUUAUUAUCAAUUGAAAUUAUUGUUGUUUAUUGUGAAAUCUAAAUGUGGAAUACUUCAUUAUUUUAGUAUAUGCAAAAACAAUUAAUGUAUAAUUGUUAAACAAUAAUAAUCUAAGACAUAUAUUUAUAAAUUAUUAUACUUAUCACAAAUAUUAGUCAAAAAAGACAAAAGAUUCAUUUUGUUUUACUUAAUUAAAUAAAACCUCUCAUUAGUUAAUAUAUUAUGUUUUUAUCCUUUUUCAUAAUUACAUAUAAUAAAUAAAAGCUUAAAAAUAUCCUAUACAAGUCAAUGGCAUUAUUAUUUAAGUUUAAAAGGACUUUAAAUAAACACUUUCAAUACAUUUUUCUAUACAGGUGUUUGGAAGAAAAUGAUUGGAAUUACACUCAAGCCGUUUUCUGUUUUUCGAAAUUGAAACCCAAUAUUCCUCCUGCAGCUUUCACAUAAAACAUAAUAUGUAUGUAUUAUUAUUAUUAUAUUAUUAUAAUUCAUAAAUCUAGUGAAAAAAACUAUUGUAAUUUUAUUGAUAU